AUGAACGGAGAUUCAGAAAAUUCAUCAACGAAUAAGUUCGUCCCUGAGUACAGAAGAACAAACUUCAAGAACAAAGAGAGAUUCUCAGCCGAUGAGUUGCGUCGUCGUAGGGAUACUCAGCAAGUUGAACUGAGGAAGGCCAAGAGAGAUGAAGCUUUGGCGAAGAGAAGAAAUUUUAUUCCUCCAAGUAAUGGAGCGGACUCGGAGGAGGAAGAUGAUGCUUCUGCAUCUGCUGACCAUCAGUUCUACAGCCAACUGCAAGUUGAAUUGCCAGAAAUGAUACGCCAAAUCCAGUCGUCUGAUAUGCAAGAACAGUUGGCAGCAACUGUCAAGUUUAGACAAAUUCUCUCCAGGGAACACAGACCUCCAAUCGACAUGGUGAUUCAGUCAGGCGUUGUGCCAACGCUGGUUAACUUUAUGAAUGAGAACCAGCCAGAAAUGUUGCAAUUGGAAGCUGCCUGGGCCUUGACGAACAUCGCUUCGGGUACAUCUGCGCAAACAAAAGUAGUUGUCGAUGCUGGUGCGGUGCCUCUUUUCAUUCAGUUGCUAUACACGGGUUCUGUGGAGGUACAGGAACAGGCAAUCUGGGCUUUGGGUAAUGUGGCUGGUGAUUCUACAGACUACAGAGACCAUGUCUUACAAUGCGGUGCCAUGGAGCCUAUCUUAGGGCUGUUUAAUACAAACAAGACCUCUCUUAUCAGGACUGCAAUCUGGACCUUGUCUAAUUUGUGUAGAGGUAAGAAGCCUCAACCGGAUUGGACUAUUGUAUCCAAGGCUUUGCCUACGUUGGCUAAACUAAUUUAUUCAUUGGAUACCGAGACAUUGAUAGACGCAUGUUGGGCCAUUUCAUAUUUGUCUGAUGGCCCCCCAGAAGCGAUCCAGGCCGUCAUCGACGUGCGAAUCCCUAAAAGGUUGGUGGAGUUGUUGAAUCACCAAUCCACUUUGGUUCAAACCCCAGCUUUGAGAGCGGUCGGUAACAUCGUUACCGGUAACGAUUUGCAGACCCAAGUGGUCAUCAACGCUGGUGUAUUGCCCGCCUUGAGAAACCUCUUGGGCUCUCCAAAGGAAUCCAUAAGGAAAGAGGCCUGUUGGACAAUCUCCAACAUUACGGCAGGCAACACCGAGCAGAUCCAAGCUGUUAUCGAAGCCAACCUAGUGCCACCCUUGGUCAAAUUGUUGGAGACCGCGGAUUAUAAGACAAAAAAGGAGGCCUGCUGGGCGAUCUCCAAUGCAUCAUCCGGUGGGUUGCAAAGACCUGAGAUCAUAAGAUACCUAGUGUCUCAGGGCUGUAUAAAGCCAUUGUGUGAUCUAUUAGAAAUUGCGGACAACAGAAUCAUUGAAGUGACACUCGAUGCUCUCGAAAAUAUUCUCAAGAUGGGUGAAGCCGACAAAGAGGCGCGCGGAUUGAAUGUCAACGAGAAUGCAGACUACAUAGAGAAAGCUGGUGGCAUGGAAAAGAUUUUCAACUGCCAGCAAAAUGAAAACGACAAAAUCUACGAGAAGGCUUACAAGAUCAUUGAGACCUAUUUCGGUGAGGAUGAGGAUGCUAUUGAUGAAAGUAUGGCUCCGCAAACCGCUGGUAACACUUUUGGUUUCGGCUCUAACGUCAAACAGCAAUUUAAUUUCAACUAG